CGUGUCCCCGGUUUGGAUUGAGUCUUUAGUUUAGUGUCGACAUACAUGACAUAGAUACUAGUGUGGAUUCUUCAGCAUAAGCUCAACAAUAAUGACAAGGACUGCCAGAAGAAAAGCUAAAAAGAAAUAUGAAGAGGCUAGCACUUGGAGCAAAUUAUCAGUCAAGCAAGUAACUCGAGUUUCAUCAUCUGGGAAAAUGUUUCAGAGGAAAAAAAAGAAACUUAAAACUAGCGAAGUUGAAAAAGUGGAUGAAAAGAAAGAAAGAAUGCGACAAAAGAGAAGGCAGAGAAGAGCAUAUUCUAAAGUGUGUUUUAAGUGUCGUCAGCCAGGACAUCAUUUAGAGGACUGUAAGAAUAAUAAUGAUGAAUUGAACAUUUGUUUUAAGUGUGGAUCUACAGAACAUUCUGUGAAGUCAUGUAAAGCUGUAGUUCCAUCAGGUUCUUACCCAUUUGCUCAGUGUUUUAUAUGUGGAGAAUCUGGGCAUUUAUCACGCUCUUGCCCUGACAAUCCGCGGGGAUUGUAUCCUAAUGGUGGUGGGUGUAAAGUUUGUGGAUCAGUGGAGCACUUCAAAGCAAAUUGUCCUGAGAAAUUUAAUAGCUCAAAGCCAAAAGGGAAAGGUGACUUCAGUCAGGAAGAUGAAGAAGUAGAAAAGACCGAACAAAAUCAUAAAUUAAAACAGAAAAUUGUAAAGUUUUAAAUUUAGACAUCAUGCACUGAAUUAAAUAUUAUCAUAAUAAAAUCACAUUUUUCAGUA